AUGGUCCGCAUCAAACACCGCUACCUCCUCUUCAACAUCCUCUACCCAAACCCUCCACAAGCAACGGCACUACCCUCCUCUCAACCUCCCUCCUACAUCCUCUUCUCACGUCCUAGCCCGAACCACUUGACUUCCCAACUGUUGAUAUCCUCCAUACGCUCCAGCAUCCAAUCCGUUUUCGGCGACUAUGGCGUUUCUGUUACCCAAUCCGGCAUGCGGAUCGUCUACUUCAGCCCAGGCACAAGCACGGUCAUCCUGCGCGUCCCUCGCGCGCACUUCCGCCUCGUAUGGGCGAGUCUGACCUUCAUGGACACUUUGCCAGGAGCGUCAAGGAAUGAUGCGCCAGUACGAUGUGUAGUGCGAGUUGUCAGAUUAAGCGGGACGAUCAGGAAAAGCGAAGAGGAAGUGCUACGCCGAGCGAGACGAGAAAUCGUUCGCGCCAAGAGGGAAGGCAGAGACGCUGAUGAUGACCAAGGCGUCCUGCAGAACUUAGUUGGUGAAAACAAAGGAAAGGGUCGAGCAACAAGCGACUCGUUGCGCGCUGGCGAGCAAGUGCUCGACAUGGAAGACCUCGACGAAGACGAUAUUAUGGACGACAUUUCUGACUGA